AUGUCCGCUGACAACCAAGGACUCCCUAUUGGUGGAGGUGCUCUGUUCAAUCCCCAUCCCCAUCCCCAUCAUCUUCCUCUGUCUUACCAUCAUGGCAACGACAAACACGAUGAUGAUCGCUACAUAGUAAAGAUCCACAACCAGAUCGAAGUCGGACGGCCGAACGAUAACCACGAUCGUCGCGGGUAUCAAGGCUACCACCAUGGGGGAUCUGAAGGAAUUGGGGGCCCUGGUCUCGGUCUCCCUCGUAUUGGAGACGGCGCUGGGAUUGGCGGGGGUGGUUUUGGAAAGGGUGUUGGUCUUGCUGAGCCGGAUAUUGGUGGGGGAAUCAGCGGGCCAGGGGUUGACAGCGUGGAAAUAGGACAGGGGUUCCACCACGGUUUAGGACAAAGCAUUGGAACGAGCACCAGCCAGGUGUCCGCGAUUGCACUAAGCAGAUGGGGUGGGGUGGGUCCCGUGAAGAAGGACAACAAAUUGGCCGACCUGACCAAGCAAUUGGAAAGGAUCACCUUGGAAGAGGGAGAGAAAGCGGCGGAGAUACUUCACUUGCGGAAGAAGAAAGAACUCUUGAUAGCGUUGUUCAGGGCUAGUGUCACCCACUCGCAACUCGAGGUCCUCGUCAAAGAAUCUGGCGAAAGUGAUAAGACCCGUGCCAAUGUUGCUGGUGGCAAUAGUUCCUCUGCUACGAGAGAAAACAAAGACGAUGAUGGCGCAGCAUCUUCUGGAGCUGAGAAGGAAGAUGGGGAUGAGUGAACGGUGUUCUUUGAUUUUCUUCUGAAUAUACGAAUAAUAUUCAGAUAGAGAUAGCGAUGUCUCGUUCUUCCUUGCGAGGUCGUUCAUACUUGGAGUCACCCGCGGCGCACUUGCCCGUGGAAUGUUCGGUUGCAUACAUUGUAUGUAUGUAUGCUCUUGAAAUGGUAAUGAUCUUAACAGCGACGCGCCCGAAAUGUGUCAUCUGGGAAG